CCAAAAUAUUAGACUCCUCUCUCUCUCUCUCUCUCUCUCUCUCAACAUGUCUGCUCAAGUGAUGCCCGAGCAAACCCUUCAGGGAAUUCAUGUGAUGAGCCGAGAAAAUACCUCUCUCACCCCUAAAAGGUUGGAAGGAAAAGUUGCAAUUGUAACAGGCGGUGUUAGAGGGAUUGGGGAGGCCACAGUGAGGCUCUUCAUCAAACAUGGAGCCAAAGUAGUCAUUGCAGAUGUUGAAGAUGCCACUGGUACUGCCUUAGCCAACUCACUAUGUCCCUCAGCAACCUAUGUGCAUUGUGAUGUAAGCUCAGAAGAAGAUGUCGAAAACCUGGUCAACUCAACAGUCUCCCUCUAUGGUCACCUCGACAUUCUUUGCAACAAUGCUGGGGUUCUAGGAAACCAAGCAAAGAGGAAGAGUAUCGUCAAUUUUGACCCAGAUGAGUUUGACCAUGUCAUGUGUGUCAACGUUAAAGGAGCUUGUCUUGGGAUGCAACAUGCGGCUCGAGUGAUGGUUCCUAGAAGAAGUGGGUGCAUAAUUUCCAUGGCUAGUGUAGCUGGUGUCAUGGGAGGGCUUGGACCUCAUGCUUACACAGCUUCAAAACAUGCCAUUGUGGGAUUGACAAAGAAUGUGGCAUGUGAAUUGGGAAGGUAUGGGAUUAGGGUUAAUUGUGUUUCGCCUUUUGGGGUGGCCACUUCCAUGCUUGUCAACGCGUGGCGGAGUUGCGAGGAAGAUGAGGAAAUGGUGGAUUUAGGGUUGCCUCAAGAGGAAGAAGUGGAAAAAAUGGAGGAAAUAGUGAGAGGGUUGGCUAACCUAAAGGGUGCAACCCUAAGGGCUAAAGAUAUAGCUGAGGCUGCACUUUAUCUAGCCAGUGAUGAAUCCAAGUAUGUGAGUGGUCACAAUCUUCUUGUUGAUGGUGGGUUUACUACCUCAAAUAAUUGUGUAGGGCUGUAGUUAGGGAAGUAAGAAAAUGAAAAAAGAUGAUCAAAUUAAUUGAAUCGGAUCAAAUUGAUUACAUUUGAUUUAUUUUUUUUAAUAAGAAU